AUGUUCCAAAAACACACUUCCCUUCUCUUCUUCACUCACUCCCGCCACUUCCUCAGCCGCCGCCACCGCCGUCAGAACAACAAACCACCGUAUCUCCACCGUCACCUAUCAACACUUUCACACACACUCUCACACCCAAUUUACACAAUCUGGGCAUCCAACACCGGUGUUGGCAAGACCCUUGUUUCAACAGGCAUUGCCGCUUCUUCUUUCAAAGAUAAUAUUUCCAGUUCCAAAAAAAACAAACUUAUUUACAUCAAACCCUUACAAACCGGCUUCCCUCAAGACUCCGAUUCGGCUUUCGUGUACCGGAAAACCCCGGAAAUUGUAUCCAACUGGUUUCCACAGUUAGCCCUUUUGGCUUCUAACCAAACCCUAAAUGUUUCUAACCAAAUUCUUGAAAAUGGGUCUUGUAAAAAUGGGUUUUUUGAAGAUGGGUUUUGUGAAAGGAAGAAACUUGGGAAUGGGAAUGGGAAUGAGUUGAUAUGUAAGACAAUGUAUGCGUGGAAAGAGGCGAUAUCGCCUCAUUUGGCUGCAGAAAGAGAAGGGGCAAAUGUUGCGGAUUCUGAUGUGUUGGUUUUGUUGGAAAAGUGUUUGGAAAUCGGCGUGGUGGCGUGUAAUGGUCAGAAGGGGGAGAGUAGUGUUUUGACUUUGGUUGAGACGGCUGGUGGUGUUGCGAGUCCUGGCUCGUCUGGUUCUCUUCAAUGUGACUUGUAUCGGCCAUUUCGGUUACCUUCUAUUCUUGUGGGUGAUGGAAAAUUAGGCGGUAUUUCGGCUACAAUUUCAGCAUAUGAAAGUCUGACAAUACGAGGUUAUGAUGUUGUUGCUAUUGUGUUGGAAGAUCAUGGUCUCGAAAAUGAUGUGCCAUUACGAUCAUAUCUGAGAAACAGGGUCCCAGUUCUUGUUCUUCCAUCAAUCCCAAAAGAUCCAAUAGACAACUUGAUGGAGUGGUUUAAUGAAUCACAGAGUGUGUUCGAGUCACUUAAGGGGAUAAUGUUGUCAUCAUAUCAAAAAAGAAUAUAUAGACUUAGUGAAAUGCCAAAGAAGGCACAGGAAAUUUUUUGGUGGCCGUUUACUCAGCACAAACUUGUACCAGAGGAAAAGGUCACUGUUAUUGAUUCUCGCUAUGGAGAGAACUUUGCAGUUCACAAGGUGAAGGAUGAGAACCGUAUGACUCAAAUGUUUGACGCUUGUGCAAGCUGGUGGACACAGGGCCCUAAUGCUGCUUUACAGACUAAGCUGGCACAGGAUAUGGGUUAUACUGCUGCCAGAUUUGGGCAUGUAAUGUUCCCUGAAAAUGUUUAUGAGCCAGCACUUGAAUGUGCUGAACUUUUGCUUAAAGGUGUAGGAAAAGGAUGGGCUUCCCGGGCAUAUUUUUCGGACAACGGAUCUACAGCAAUUGAAAUUGCUCUCAAGAUGGCAUUUAGGAAAUUCUUGGUUGAUAAUGAAUUGCUUUUGGAUCUUCCGCAGGAUAACACUCUUGAAAAUGGUAUCGAGCUUAAGGUUGUAGCUCUUAAAGGAUCUUAUCAUGGAGAUACAUUGGGUGCUAUGGAUGCACAAGCCCCAUCUCCCUACACUGGUUUUCUGCAGCAACCAUGGUACACUGGAAGAGGCUUAUUUUUGGAUCCUCCAUUAGUUUCUAUGUGCGACGGAGUCUGGAAAAUAGCCAUUCCUAGAAAUAUAUAUGCCGAAGAUGUGAUUUUGGAAGAUACAUCUUUUAACUCACGUGAUCAAGUUUUUAAUAAAAGCAGACAUGGUUCAACCCUUGCUUCCAUUUAUUCAACAUAUAUAUCACAAGAACUGCAGUCAAGUUCUGGAUCAACAAAAUUUUCUUAUGCCGGCGCGUUAAUUAUAGAACCAGUGUUACAGGGGGCUGGUGGCAUGCUGAUGGUUGACCCACUGUUCCAACGCAUACUUGUAAAAGAAUGUAAAAAUAGAAAAAUUCCAGUUAUUUUUGAUGAAGUUCUUACUGGUUUUUGGCGCUUGGGAGUAGAGUCUGCAGCAAAGUUACUUUUAUGCCAACCAGAUAUAGCCUGUUUUGCGAAGUUAUUGACAGGUGGCAUGAUACCAUUGGCUGUUACUUUGGCAACAAAUGAUGUUUUUGACUCAUUUGUUGGUGAUUCAAAGCUAAAGGCUCUUCUGCAUGGACACUCGUAUUCAGCGCAUGCUUUGGGUUGUGCAGCUGCUUGUAAUUCCAUUAAAUGGUUCAAGGACCCUCAAACAAACCCUAAUUUAAUUGCAGAACAGAAUCAAUUGAGAGAGUUAUGGGAUCCAGAGCUAGUUCUGAAGAUCUCAUUUCAUCCAGCAGUCCAGAGAGUGGUUUCAUUGGGAACUCUCUUUGCGGUAGAGCUUGAAGUAGAAGACGCUGAUUCCGGGUAUGCAUCACUAUGUGCAACAUCUUUACUUCUAAAGCUUCGGGAAGAUGGUAUCUACAUGAGACCCUUAGGAAAUGUCAUCUACAUGAUGUGUGGGCCGUGCACAUCCCCUCAAGUUUGCUUGCAAAUGCUAAGAAUUCUCUACACAAGACUUGAUGAGUUCAGACAAGAAAAGAUCCAAAAGGUGUGUGAAGUACAAUCUUGAUUGCCUAGUUACCAGUUUGCUUGUACUGAGAACAUGGCAUUUUCGAGGUUUACAUUGAAACAAUAUGGCUAGGCGACAUUGUUUUAUAGUCAUAGGUGCAAAUGAGUAACCAUAUAUAUAUAUAGAUAGAUAGAUAUCAGUGUAUGUACGUUUAUGUGUGUACUAUGUCAAACAGUUAGAUUAAACUUGAAAGGCAAAUGAAUGGACAUUAAUGUCUUUACUAAGAACCAACUCUUGAUCCA